GUCGAGCGCCGCCGGCAUGAGCAUCUCCGUCCCGGAGGGGCUGAGCGAGCUGCUGCAGGGCUUCACCGUGGAGGUGCUGCGGAGCCAGCCGGGGGACCUGCUGGAAUUCGCCCUCCAGUACUUCGGGCGCCUCAAGGCGGCGGCGGCGGCCAGCGGCGAGCAGGAGGCGGCGGAGGCAAGUGGCCGCUGCCGCCUGAAUGCAGCCCCGGGGGGCCUCUUGCAGCUGCGCAGGGCCCCUUCCGAGGGCCGAGGGGUCAGCUUCGUGGAGGAGCCCAUGCACACCGAUUCGGAGAGCGGAGAAGGGGAGGACGACGACGACGAGGAGGAAGAGUUCUCGGCCCCAGUGAUAAACCGAUUCACUAGGCGAGCAUCAGUUUGUGCAGAAGCUUACAAUCCUGAUGAAGAGGAAGAUGACACUGAAACAAGGAUUAUUCACCCCAAAACAGAUGAUCAAAGAAACAGACUUCAAGAAGCCUGCAAAGACAUUCUUCUAUUUAAGAACCUAGAUCCGGAACAGAUGUCUCAGGUGUUAGAUGCAAUGUUUGAGAAGCUGGUUGAAGGAGGGGAGCAUGUUAUUGAUCAAGGUGAUGAUGGUGACAACUUCUAUGUAAUUGAUCGAGGGACGUAUGAUAUCUAUGUGAAAUGUGAUGGUGUUGGAAGGUGUGUUGGCACCUACGAUAACCGUGGAAGCUUUGGUGAAUUGGCUUUAAUGUACAAUACAUCCAGAGCAGCUACAAUCAUUGCUACCUCUUCUGGUGCGGUAUGGGGUUUGGACAGAGUCACAUUUCGGAGAAUUAUUGUGAAAAACAAUGCCAAAAAGAAGAAAAUGUACGAAAGUUUUAUUGAGUCAUUGCCUUUCCUUAAAUCUUUAGAACUUUCUGAACGAUUGAAAGUGGUGGAUGUGAUAGACACCAAAGUAUACAAUGAUGGUGAACAAAUAAUUGCUCAGGGAGACAUGGCCAACUGUUUCUUUAUCAUUGAAUCUGGAGAAGUACGAAUAACAAUGAAAAGAAAGGGUAAACAGGAUGCCGAUGAGAAUGAAGCUGUUGAAAUUGCACGAUAUGCCAGAGGACAGUAUUUUGGCGAACUCGCUCUUGUAACUAACAAGCCUCGGGCGGCCUCAGCAUUUGCACUUGGCACGGUCAAAUGUUUAGUUAUGGAUGUCCAAGCAUUCGAAAGGCUUUUGGGACCUUGUAUGGAAAUUAUGAAAAGGAACAUUGCAAACUAUGAAGAACAGCUAGUUGCUCUGUUUGGAACAAACAUGGACAUUUCUGAUUCCAGUGCAUGAACUGAGUACGAAGCCACAAAAUCUGUUACAAGAAAUAGCACGGAUAGUGGUUAGUCCACUGGAAAUUUAUCUAUCUUCCUGUAGAUGCUAAGCAUUUUUUCUGUGAUUUUACAGGGGAUUGGGUUUCUUUAAUUUUUUUAAACUCCCCCCCCCCCCCUUUGUACACAUUGAGGGCUCAUUGAAUGGAACAGAGGUGACAUCAUAACAUUGGCCCCAUCUUGCCAGAGAGUUAAGCCACCAACCUCUCCUGUCAGCCUUACUGGGAUUCGAUGGAAAUUUACAAUCUUGUAUACAGUUUUAGGAUUACAAUGCUUCAGUGACUUCUUUCAAAAAAUUAGAUCUUUUUAUAAUACCUUU